AUGGAAGACAGCGCAACUCUGGCCAGCCAGCUGGUUCCUGGUGAUUUGGUCAAGUUUGGAAUUGGUGACAGGAUCCCUGCUGACUGCAGACUGGUCUCUGCGGUCGAUCUGGAGAUUGACGAGUCCAACCUGACGGGUGAGAACAAGCCCUGCCGCAAGGUCAUUGGGGCUAUCACAGGAAACGAGUACACCGAGUUGUCGAUCACGGAGCGCAAGAACAUCGCGUACAUGGGAACAUUGGUCAGAAACGGUCAUGGAACUGGUAUUGUCGUCGGUACUUCAAAGGAGACCGAGUUUGGGGUCGUCUUCUGCAUGAUGCAGGAGGUCGAGAUCCGCAAGACGCCCCUUCAAUUGAGCAUGGAUGAGCUUGGAAAAAAGCUGUCGAUGCUGUCGUUCAUUAUCAUCGGUGUUAUUGUCUUAAUCGGAUUGUUCCAAGGAAAGCACUGGUUGGAGAUGAUGACCAUUGGUGUCAGUUUGGCUGUCGCUGCCAUCCCUGAGGGUUUGCCCAUUGUCGUCACAGUGACCUUGGCUCUUGGUGUCCUGAGAAUGGCCAACCGCAAGGCCAUCAUCAAGAAGUUGCCUAGCGUCGAGACCCUUGGCUCUGUCAACGUCGUCUGCGCCGAUAAGACUGGUACUUUGACAAUGAACCAAAUGACUGUGACCAAGAUCUUUACUUUGGCCGAGGGAUUCCCCGUGGAUGUGGACCAGGCCAAGAACGUCGAUGUUGAUCUUCACCCAGGAAUGCGUCGCCUCAUGCAGGUCGGAAACCUUUGCAACAACGCCUUUAUGGAUGACCAUUCCAAGUGGAUCGGCCAACCUACUGAUAUUGCCUUGAUCGAGGUCUUGCGCGGAUUGAGCAUCUCGGAUGAGCGUCCUCUGUUUGAGCGCAUUUCCGAGUUCCCUUUCAACUCUGAGCAAAAGUAUAUGCAUGUCCGUUGUGCACCUUUGCCCGGCGGCAAUGUUGGUAACAAGCCGACUGCCGAACACGCCAUCGAUCCUACCAACGCCGCUGUCAGCCAAUCUGGAUCACUCGGAACCUACUACUUCAAGGGAGCUAUCGAGCCCGUCUUAGAGCGCUGUGUCAAUUACUACAGGAGCGAGGGCAGUCAACUGCCUUUCGAUAUUGAGGCAAAGGACAAGGUUUUGGCUCAGGCUAACGAUAUGGCAACCCAUGGACUUCGUGUUUUGGCAAUGGCCUACGGAAACGAUCUCGACCGCUUAACCUUUGUUGGUAUUGUGGCCAUGCAUGACCCUCCUCGCCCAGGUGUCGAGGACAGCAUCCGGACUUUGGUUGGCAGUGGUGUCAAGGUCAUCAUGAUUACUGGAGAUGCUGAUGCUACCGCAUUGUCGAUUGCCCGUCGCCUUGGAUUCCCUAUUAACCCCGGCAAGGCAUCUUGCCUGACUGGUGCCGAAAUUGAGAGCAUGACUGAGAGGCAAUUGCAGGACGCCGUUGGUCACGUCAGUGUCUUUGCGCGUACCACUCCCAAGCACAAGAUGGCUAUUGUCUCUGCUUUCCAGGCCAAGGGAUGCAUCGUUGCCAUGACAGGAGAUGGUGUCAACGAUGCCCCCGCUCUGAAGCUUGCUGAUAUCGGUAUCUCCAUGGGUCGCAGUGGAACUGAUGUCGCCAAGGAGGCUGCUGACAUGAUUCUUGUCGACGAUGACUUUUCUACCAUCCUUGGUGCCGUUGAGGAAGGCAAAUCGAUCUUUUACAACAUUCAGAACUUCUUGACCUUCCAGCUGAGCACAAGUGUGGCCGCUUUGACUUUGAUUGCCAUGGCAACCUUGUUUGGAUUGAACAACCCCCUCAACGCCAUGCAGAUUCUUUGGAUCAAUAUUUUAAUGGAUGGCCCACCUGCACAGUCGUUGGGUGUCGAGCCAGUGGAUGACGAUGUGAUGAAGAAGCCCCCACGCGCCCGCGAUGCUGCAAUCUUGACUCCUCUCCUUCUCCGCCGUGUCUUGACCUCGGCCAUGAUCAUUGUUGCCGGCACCAUGUUUGUCUAUGUCCACGAGAUGACCGACGGCGCCGUGACCGCUCGCGAUACGACCAUGACGUUCACGACGUUUGUGUUCUUUGACAUGUUCAACGCUCUUGCCUGCCGGUCCGAAAAGAAGUCAAUCUUCAGUAUCGGAUUCACUACAAACAAGAUGUUCAAUUUCAGUGUCUUGGGCUCGAUUAUUGGCCAGUUCCUGGUCAUCUACAUGCCUUUCUUCCAGACCGUCUUCCAGACCGAGGCGUUGACGUUCACGGAUCUGUUGGGGAUCACUCUGUUGACAAGUUCUGUGUUCUGGGCUGAGGAGGCGCGCAAGUUCUUUGGAAAUGGCCGGAAUAAUGAAAAGAUACAUGGCCGGAAUGCUGGGCAGGGUUUCCGCCGGGUGGAGACUGAAGAAGGCGAGGCCUUUGAGAUCGUAUAG